CUUUCACAAGCAUAACCUUCUUACUAUGGAUCGAUGGUUCAGUCAAAAGGCGAACGCUGGUGGAAACUCCUUUCAAGAAUGCACCAGGAUCCUGGCAGAGUUUGUCUCAAACGACGCCCCACCCGCACCUGCCGCAGAAGCAAUCUUGAGCUCUGUCCGUACAUCGUCGAAGCAUGAAGAUGCGGGAUUCGAAGUCCUGAUGUUGUUGCUAGAUACGGUAGCCGAGUUCUCAGAACCGCACGACGUCAUUGUCAAACUCCUUUUCGCUAUCCGUGAUAUACCACCCUCACCAAAUCCGGUCUACUAUUACCUCGCCUCCAUGCAUCGGGAGAAUCUCGAUGACCUGUCGGGAAAACGAUACCUUUGGAAGCCAGAAGAUAAGCAAGCGCCGAUCACACCUGGUGAUAGAUGGGUCAACUACAACGCCUUCUCCGUGAAGCUGGCAAAGUCUGGGUUCGAUGACAAAUAUUUCAUUUUUGGUUUCUUUUGUCUCCGAGAGACGCUUGAGAGAAUUCGACAGUCACUUGAGUUGGAUUUUGAGAAGAAUCUUCGCCCAAGUUCGCUCAAGUAUUCUGCUAUCAACACGGAAGAAGUCAUAAGCUACGAUUUGGCGGCGGCUGCCAGGUGGGUUCUCACAGGGGGACCAGAUAUGUACAGGUUAGGAAACUCCAUGUUCGAGAAAGGUUGGGAGAGGGGUUUGGCAGUGAAAACGGACUUAUGGGAUAGGGAGCCGGGGUUGUCGCGAGGGCGGUGGCUCCUGUGGCAAGGCAGAUUUGGCCACUUCGCGGAUCAAUCGUACAUUCGUGAGGAAGUCAGGACAUUGUCAAAAGAGGCUUCUACUGCGAUUGGGAAGUUUAUGACAGAAUAUGUAGAUUCAUGCUUAUACUAA